AUGACUGAUGUAAAUAUUUUAAGACAAUUGAAAAUUAUGACAGCUGUUUUAAAUAGGACAAUGAAAGAUCUAGAAUAUUAUAAAAAGGAGGGAUGUGAGUUCAAUACAAAAAUCGAGUUAAUGAAGAAUCAAGGAAGAGAUAUACAUGAUAUACAGCAACAAGAAAAGUGUCUUCAUGAAACAUUACAAGUUUAUCAUGAAGUACUUAAGAGACUUCACAGUAGCUAUUUUGAUCUUAAAACAUUUUUGACAGAAUAUUUUGAUGAAAAACUUGCUGAAAUAGAUAUGUGCAAUUUACCUAAACCAGAUGAUGAAUUAAGCACUUUACUUAGGAAUGCUUAUAUGGAGUUAAAUAAUGCCGAACUAAAAUAUAAUAUUUUAUCUCAAUGUAAAGAAAAUAUUUCUAUAUCUACAGAAAAUAUGCAAUGUGAUAAUGAUGUAUAA